AUGUUUGCGUAGUUAAAUUUUUUACCAAAAAUAAACUUCAAAUAUUAAAAAAGAACUUAAAAACUAUCCUAGAUUCAAGAUGAUUCCAAUAAAUUUCAAAGAGAUAGAGUCUGGAGUUAUUUUUGAAAAGCACACAAUUGAUGAAAUCAAUGGAAUUGAGAAACGGAUUAGGCAAGAAAUAGAUAAAAAGAAAGAGGAGCUAAGGCAGAUGGUUGGGCAACGAUAUAGAGAGUUAAUUGAAGCUGCUGAUACUAUCACUGACAUGAAGAAUGGGAGUGAAAAGGUUUUGGAAUCCAUACAAAAGUUACAGAAGUUAUGUCAAAAUCUAAAAGAGAAAUCUUCAUCUUUAUCGUCGAAACAACCUGUUUCUAAUUUAACAGAAGAAGAAAUGACUCAUAGGUCAAACUCUGCAUGCUUGAAAAUUCUUCUAGAGCUGCCAUCAAAAAUCUGGUGUCACAUGGAUGACAACGAGUAUUUGGAAUCUUCCAGAAUUUAUUUACUCGGCCAGCAUAUACACGCCCAUCUCUGUUCAGGGAUGGAUGAACAGCUGAUCGGUCUGGUCGUCAAACAUUGGGGUAACGUCGGCCAUUUGAAGAAAGUUAUUAUAAAGCUGGUGGUCGAUUGCUUGUGCACGUUGUCAUUGCUAGUGAACAAGCCUGUUGAUGCGGUGUUCAAGGAAUUUCUGGAUAUAAGAAUCCAACAGUUUAACAGUGUGGCUCCGAGCAGUAAUGGUAGUAGUGCUGGUCUGAGUAGUAAUGGUAGUAGUAGUAGUAGUAGUAGUAGUGGUAGCGGUGGUGGUGGUAGUAGUAAUAGUAGUAGAGAUGUGCAGAGUAUAAAACCAUUGAUAUGCGAUAUUGUCGAUAAUUUCACGUCUACAUUGAGGCAAAUUCAUUAUCUAUUCUUUGCUCCCGUCUCGAACGAUGAUGGCAAUGGCAAUGGCGCCAAUUUCGAAAUGGACAAUCUUUUCUCAAGGACGUUAAUGAACUGUUUGAAUAAAGAUUCUUCUGAUUUUAUAAAGAAAUCUGAAAUCUUAUCAGAGCAAGCCAUCAACCUGCUCCCUAAAACAGUUCUAAACUUCAAGCCCACAGUUAAAUCCGAAUUGAAACCAUUGGAAAAAGAUUUUGUUAAAAAUGAAACAAAAACAUUUGUUGAAAAGUCGACCAGAUCGGUAAACAGUGGUUUCAGUUCUUUGUUCGAGUACAUCGUUAAUAUAACAUCUUUGGCCUCUACUAGAAGAGAUGUCAUUACCGUCAUUAAAAAGAACUGUAAGAAAUGUGAUUGGCCGAAGAUAUGCAAUGACGUCAUCGGGCACGACCUUGACAUUUGGAAGGAGUUUUUGAAGGGUCACUUCAUUAAGAGAAUGAAGACCUUGAUAGAGCAACAUGUAUCAUUGAUACUGAGUUCAACGAAGACUGAUAUAUCAGAUACUCUCAACAGAACGUUCCACGCUAAAUCAAACAAACCAACAUCAUCAUCAACGACGACGACAUCAAUGUUUGAACGGGACAUCUCAACUUACAUUUGGCUCGAGGGCAAAACUGACAUCGACCUGUCAAUCAUCUGGGGGGGUCCAAUUAGGAGCAGCGCUUCCGGCAGCAGUGGCAGUAGUAGUAGUGGUUUGGCAAUGAAAGCAAAAGGUUAUACACCUGAGAUUCAAAGUCUCAACCACUCACUGAACUCGAAACUACGCUCCUUAUUGGACGAGGUCGCCAGUUACGCCAGCCAAUCAGAGAAAGCUUCGCUCGCAGCUGCCACACCAACAUCAUCAUCGAAUCAUUUCUUGUUUCGCAAUGAUAACUCUGAUAAUGAUGAUGAUAAUAGUCUAAAUAAAAAUAGCAAUGAUGCUGAUGAUGAUAUGAGUAAAGUUCAGGAACUACUAAGAACUACAUGUGAGAAAUUCACCAUAGAAAUUAUUUUCAUCGGUCGCUGGGCAACGAGUCUCAGUGAAACCUGCCCAUCCCUGAAAUCCUCCAUGACGGAAGUUGACGCUGCUGCCGCUGCUAGUGACGUCAUUGUUACAUCAUCGUCGCCUCAUGGAAUGUGCAAAAUGUAUUGUACGCACUAUGCACACAUAUCAACAAAGUCGGCGGGCACGUUAUGCACAGAUCGAUUCUAAACAGCCUAACGACAAGCUUACUAGACAACAUACUUUCAAUCUAUCUUGAACUACUAUCAUCAAAACCACCACUGCCGCCAUCAUCAUCAGCAGCAGCACCUACGUCAUCGUUGCCAUCGUCAUCAUCUCGAAAUGACGUCAUCCCGCAAAAUUAUGCUAUGCAGAUGUGGUUUGAUGUCAAAUAUCUGUCCAAUCUGUUGGCCUGCGUCGACGAGACAAGAUCAUCGUCGUCGUCGUCAUCACUGACAACAACAGCAAACAAAGUCACAGAAACUUUAGAAGCCAUCGAGUCAAUGGUCGAUCCGUUCGAUUUUGAUGUCUUCAAAAGUUACCUAUUGAGAAACACGAACAAGCAAAUGCAAAAAACUUAUGUAUGUUUGUUUGUUCGUUGCGAUUCCCUAAAAUUACAAUUCCCGAAAAUUAAGUUUUACCAAUUCCCAAAGGAAUCCCAUGGGAUUCGCGUUCCCAUGCUCACCUCUACUAUUUUGUACGGUUUAGCUUUGGGAUCGGAAAGAUCAUCAUUAUCAUCAUUCCCAUCGUCGUCGUCGUUUCUGACGUCAUCAUCAUCAUCAGGAGGACAGCAUGAUCAGCAUCAUGUUGCCUAUCUAUCUGAUGUUUCUGGAAGGUUCCCGUUGUUACCUAUCCCGCAUACUGCUAGUAAACAAUAUCAAUCUAAUUUAGAGCAUAAAGCAGCAAUGAACUCAAGACAAGCAGCAACAAUGACAUCCGCUACUACAAACAGCAACAACAAAGUUGACGCCAACAACUCCAACAUCAAAACGUCGUCGUUUACGUCAUCAUUUCCAUCGUCGUCAUCAUCAUCAUUUCCUCAAGCUCCUCCUCUUCCACCCAGAGCAGGAUCAUCAUCAUUCCUUGAAGAAAUGAGUCGUUUGUUUGGUAGUGGGGGCAGUGCAAAUGCCUUGUACAACAAGUGAAUGAGUGCGUGAAUAAAUAAAGGAAGAAAGAUCAAGUGAAAGAAAGUAGUAGUGAUAGAGUGCGUGAAUGAGCAAUAGAAUAAACGAGGAAAGAAAUAAGUAAAUCUUAUAUCAAUUCACCCAUCCAUAACUUACUUUCAAUUUUCAACAAGCAAAUUAACUUUGUAGCGUAUGAUAAUAUUAAUAACAAUAGUUUUGAUGAAAAACUAACUGUCCACAGUUCAACUAACAAAGAAGUUACUACUGACAAUACAUUCGAUGCAUUACUACUGCAAAUUUUUCAUUACAAAUGGGCUUAGAUUGUUAUUAUGAUUGUUAUUAUUAUUAUUGUUGUUGUCGUUAUUUAGUUAUUUUAUUACUGUUAUUACGUAAACGCGUAACGAAAAUUGAACUAAAUGAAAAACGAAUUCCCUUUAAAUUGUACAUCACCUACCAU